AUGGCUGCAAAGUCCCAGCCCGACGCUCCCCAAACCAAGAGUCGGGACAGCUUUGCCAACGGUGGGGCUGCCACUCAGGGGCAGUGGGGCCGUGCCUGGGAGGUGGACUGGUUUUCGCUGGCCAGCGUUCUCUUUCUGCUGCUUUUGGCCCCUUUCAUCGUAUACUACUUCAUCAUGGCAUGUGACCAGUACGGCUGCUCCCUCACUGCCCCCGUGGUGGACCUCGCCACCGGGCGCGCUCGUCUCGCAGACAUCUGGGCCAAGACGCCGGCCGUGACGAAGGAAGCGGCCCAGCUCUACGCCUUGUGGGUCACGUUCCAGGUGCUUUUGUACUCGGCGCUGCCUGACUUCUGCCAUAAGUUCCUGCCCGGCUACGUGGGAGGCGUUCAAGAGGGCGCCGUGACCCCCGCAGGGGUUACUAACAAGUAUGAAAUCAACGGCCUGCAGGCGUGGCUCAUCACGCACCUUCUCUGGUUUGCAAACUCGCACUUCCUGUCGCUGUUCUCCCCCACCAUCAUCUUCGACAACUGGAUACCGCUGCUGUGGUGCGCCAACAUCCUCGGCUACGCGGUUUCCACCUUCGCAAUGAUCAAGGGCUACUUCUUCCCCACCAAUGCCAAAGACUGCAAAUUCACGGGCAAUUUCUUUUACGACUACAUGAUGGGCAUUGAGUUUAACCCCCGAAUCGGGAAGUGGUUCGACUUCAAGCUGUUUUUCAACGGACGCCCUGGGAUCGUUGCCUGGACCCUCAUCAACCUGUCCUUUGCAGCCAAGCAGCGGGAGCUCUACGGCCAAGUGACCAACGCCAUGGUCCUGGUCAACGUCCUGCAGGCCAUCUACGUGCUGGACUUCUUCUGGAACGAAGCCUGGUACCUGAAAACCAUUGACAUCUGCCACGACCACUUUGGGUGGUACUUGGGCUGGGGGGACUGCGUCUGGCUGCCGUACCUCUACACGCUGCAGGGCCUGUACCUGGUCUAUCACCCGGUGCAGCUGUCCACCCCCCACGCCGCGGGCGUCCUGCUGCUGGGGCUGCUAGGCUACUACAUCUUCCGGAUGGCCAACCAUCAAAAGGACCUGUUCCGCCGCACGGACGGCCGCUGCCUGAUCUGGGGCAGGAAGCCCAGGGUCAUCGAGUGCUCCUACACGUCGGCCGACGGACGCAGGCACCACAGCAAGCUCCUGGUGUCGGGCUUCUGGGGCGUGGCCCGCCACCUCAACUACACGGGCGACCUGAUGGGCAGCCUGGCCUACUGCCUGGCCUGCGGCGGGGGCCACCUGCUGCCCUACUUCUACAUCGUCUACAUGACCGUCCUGCUGACCCACCGCUGCCUCCGGGACGAGCACCGCUGUGCCAGCAAGUACGGCGGCGACUGGGCGCGUUACACCGCCGCCGUGCCUCACCGCCUGCUGCCCGGAAUCUUCUGA